AUGCGGCCGCGGAGCGGGCGGCUGUUUGACUUGGAGACAGGCGAGCGUUCCCCGCAGCGGGGCCGGCCCUUCCCGCCCCUCCCUGGGUCGGCGGAGCGGCCGGGGAGGAGGGCGGUCCUCUGUCAACAGCGGAGCCUCGGCGAAGAAGCCAAGAGCUUCUCGGCCUCCAGGCGGGGGCCGAGGCGCAGCCGCGAAGACCGGCGCCUCGCGGGGAGAGAGGCGGCGCUGCAACGAGGGAGCGCGCCGGAGGGGCGGCAGGUGGCACAGCCCUCCGGACUACGCCGCCACCGCCGCCCCUCAGACUGCUCUUGCAAGCUGGCAGGCUGGCUGCUAGGGGUCGCUGUGCUCCAGCAAGCGGAGCCAGGCGAAGGUUCCAGGCAGGGAGGCCUUCCCCGGCUGUCUAUUAUUUAA